AUGGCCCGAGAUUUGCUUCCAACGACACGAAUCGGCUACCUUGAUAACCUUCUCCUCAUCUUCUUGCACGUGGAUGAAUCACGCCCACAAUCAUCUUACAUGGAUGAACCACGCCGGCAAUCAUCUUACAUGGAUACAACUGCCGAGCCUCCCCCAGACAGGUUUCUACCCAAGACGCCACUCGAUCCCCGUACUGUGGAGGAGCGCGCCAAACUCCACGUCAAGCAAGAGGCUGAGAUCCAACGCGUCUUGCCUACCGCUGCAUCCACGCCUGCUGCCACACAGCGCCUUCUCCGCCUCUACACCGAGCAAAAUGCCAACACUAUCCGACAGAUGCAAGACCAACAAAAAGAGAUUGUAAUGUGGCAGCAGUGUUCGCUAACGUACCACCGCGAAGCAUGGAAAUUUUACAAUCUGUGGCAGGAUGCUCACACGGCCACAAAGCCCAUAUCGACGCACAACGCCGAAACUGAUUGUCUUGAUGCCGCUGCCAAUUCUGCCAACGUAGCGAAUUCAGUCAAUGUAGCCGAUGCCGUUGACGUUGUUGACGUCGUGCACGAGCACGAGCGCAAGCUUAUAGAGUAUUGCUUCACCGCAUUGCACGAGCUUCCUCUAUCACAGUACGAACCCAAGGAGGGCGGACUCGAAAUGUGGAUCAAAUUCAACGAGUGGUUCCAGACGCUGCGCCGACUAUGCGAAAUACAGCCCGCAUCGGUCAAGCUUGGGCGGCUGAACGAGCCGGAGCUGGUGCGCGGCGCAGGGGGAGAUCCAGAGUGGCAACAACACCAAGAGAGGAUUGAUGCGCGCUUAUUAGGCAAGGGUCAGGCCGAGCUGCUGAUCUUGCUGGACGAGUGCAUGCAGGAGGUUACGCUGAUGAAGGAGGAGCAAGCAAAGAGGGCUGACGCCACAAAAGGCAACGCAUAG